AGAUGACUAAGAAGCAGUUUGAGUCUCUCAUGGGGAAAGUGCGAGGUUUAGGCCUUCUAUCUCUUGGUGGUUGCUUUGAUAGCUGCCGUGACCACACUCAAGCCUAUGGACUAGGGACAAGGAUCUGGAACCUCAGUGAUCGACCAGUGGAGCUGCAGAUAAGGGUGGGAUCAAUAUGGAAGAAGGUCCACACUUUGAAGCCAGGGACUUCUAAGAGACUGAAAAGUAAACGCAUAUAUAAGGCAUAUAUGCCUGGCAAGAGUGGCAGUGAUAGUGGGGCAUUGAAGAGCCUGUUGUAUUACUAUGAUGAAACUUGCCACCCUUAUAUUUGGAUUCAUGACAAAGGAAGUGAUUCCUUGAGGAUGGUUAAACAGCAGUAUAUUAGCCUUGAGGAUUUGAGGGAUGCUUCUGAGAUCAAGAUAUUAAGGGAUCAGCAAAGAGGGUGCAUUUCAGUUCUUAAGAGAACUAGGCCAGAUUUCUGCUGA